UCAUACACAUCAAAUAUGAUCAGCUGGUUUCAGGAAACCAACUAACUAAACUUCAUCUUCUGCCUGAAAUCAAGGAGCCAUGUUUCUAAACGGCCUUAGCGACAGUAACUAAGGGGGCGGGGCGCCGUCACAGCGAGAACGCGGAGGCUCCGCGGGAUCCGGAAGAGCUCCGAGACCAGAAUCCACUCAGUCCAGGACAACACGGUCCACCAGUCACAGCGGAGACCUGCAGGACGAUGGAGAACCAGAACCCGGACCACAGGAGCCAAACAGCAGCCUCGUGCUCUGAUAGCACCGAUGUUCAGAAACGGAGAGGAAGAGAAGGACUCAAACAUCACCACUGUCAGCAAUGUGACAAAUCCUUCACAACAUCCGGAUAUUUAAAGAUUCAUCAGAGACUUCACACUGGAGAGAAACUGUACAGCUGUGACCUGUGUGGGAAAACUUUCACUACAUUACGUGGCCUACAAAGACACCGAAGUGCUCACACUAAAGAGAAACCGUAUAACUGUGACCAGUGUGGGAAAGCUUUCUCCACCUCAGGUAACCUGGAAACUCACACACGAGCUCACACUGGAGAGAAACCGUACAGCUGUGACUAUUGUGGGAAGGCUUUCGCUACAUCAUAUUACCUACAAAAGCACAGACGUGUUCACACUGGAGAGAGACCGUACAGCUGUGACCAGUGUGGGAAAGCUUUCAAUACAUCAUGUGAGCUACUGAGGCACCAACGUGUUCACACUGGAGAGAAACCAUAUAGCUGUGACCAGUGUGGGAAAGCUUUCGCCACGUUAGGUAACCUGGAAAUUCAUAGACGAAUUCACACUGGAGAGCGACCGUACAGCUGUGACCUGUGUGGGAAAGCGUUCAGUCGAUCAGGUGACCUAAAAAUCCACCAACGAUUUCAUGCUGGAAUAAAACCAUUCGACUGUGAGCAAUGCAUGAAAGCUUUCACUACAUCAAGUGAACUGCAAACCCACCGGCGUGUUCACACUGGGGAGAAACCGUACUGCUGUAAGCAGUGUGGGAAAGCUUGUACGACAUUAGAUGGCCUAGAAAAGCACAGACGUGUUCAUACUGGGGAGAAGCCGUACCGAUGUGAGCAGUGUGGGAAAGGUUUCAGUCAAUCAAGUGGCUUAGAAACUCACACACGUCUUCACACUGGAGAAAAACCGUAUUGGUGUGAGCAGUGUGGGAAAGCUUUUACGUCAUCAGGUGGCCUACAAUCUCACACACGUGUUCACACUGGAGAGAAACGUUACACGUGUGACCACUGUGGUAAGGCUUUUGCCCAUAGUUGUAACCUUAAACGGCACCAACGCAGUCACGCUGCUUCGUUAUAAACAUUUUUCAAGCUGUUUCCUCCUCCUGCCCUGAUAGGUAUGUUGUUUUAUUCUGAGUAUCUCUACAACCUGAUUAAAAACAGUGGCUCUAUAUUUUUAACAGUGAGCAUAUUAUCGUGGGUACGACGGUUGUAGUGUAAAAGCACUUUAAGUGGUUGCAAAGACUAAAAAGGCGCUAUACAAAUACAGAGCAUACACAUUAAUUUCAUACUUUUUUACUCUCACAAAGAAGAAAAUAUUUCUAGCACUACUCAACCAUUGCUGCAACAAAGGAUUAUUUUCCUAAGUAUUUUGUUGAUCACUCACUUAAAAGUUCAGUGUGUAAUAUUUCUGAGGAUUUAUUGACUGAUAUGCAAUAGAAUAUCCAUAACGGGAUGGCGAUGGCGCAAUGGAUAAGAUGCCUGCCUUUGGUGCGCUUUGUUUGUUAAGCGUCCUUGGGUUUGUGAAAGGCGCUUAUAUAAAUCAAAGUUAUUAUUACACAUCAUACAUGUGAGAAGAAGGAUUUUAAAAUCUAUUCUGAAUUUUACAGGAAGCCAAUGUAGAGAAGCUAAGACAGGAGAAAUAUGAUCUCUUUUCCUGGUUCCUGUCAGAACACGUGCAGCAGCAUUCUGGGUCAGCUGAAGAGUCUUAAUUGACUUUUUCGAGCAGCCUGAUAAUGAAGAAUUGCAGUAAUCCAGCCUAGCAGUAACAAAUGAAUGGACUAGUUUUUCUGUAUAAUUUUUAGACACGAUGUUCCUGAUUUCUGCAAUAUUACGUAGGUGAAAAAACGACAUGUCCUGAUCAAGGAUAACUCCAAGAUUCCUCACAGUGGUGCUGGAGGCCAGGGCGAUGCCAUCCAGAGAAUAUCUUUUGAUAAUGCGUGACGGAGGUGCUUGGGCCCCAGAACAAUAACUUCAGUUUUCUCUGAGUUUAACAUCAGAAAAUUACAGGUUAUCCAGGUUUUAACAUCCUAAAGGCACAUUUUGAGUUUUGCUAACUGAGUAGUUUCAUCUGGCUUGAUCGAUAGAUAUAACUGAGUAUCAUCUGCAUAACAAUGAAAGUUUAUAGAGUGUUUCCUGAUAAUAAUGCCAUAUGGAAGCAUAUAUAAAGCAAAGAGGAUUGGUCUGAUCACAGAUCCUUGUUGAACUCCAUGACUAACUUUGCCGAGCAUGGAGGUUCCUUUAAUGCCAAUGAAAUGUUCCAGUCUCUGUAAUGGGAUAUGAUGGUCAAUGGUAUCAAAUACAGCACUAUGCUACAGGCCAACAGCUUUCGUUUGAGGCAUUUUGCUAUUAGCUGAACUACUGCGCUGUACUUAUGUAAGAUGUAGGGGAGAGACCGUGUACAGAGCAGAUUGAAAUAUUGUGAGGAAAAAAAGCUGGACUCCAUCAUUGACUCAGUCGAGUUUGAUCCUACCACUAUGCGAGAAGCUGGAGGGUUUGUGAGGCUACUGGAGGAUGAUCAUUUCAGCUUCUUCCUGGAACGCUUCCAUGGCACUUACAUUUAAUCAUUUGGCGGACGCUUUUAUCCAAAGCGACUUACAUUGGUACUUGGCAUCUACUGCUGUGGUGUGAAAAAGUUGGUUGCUCACUAAAGUGUGCUCUGCUGUAGCUGAUGGUGAUGUGUUUUUGCUGAAAUGUGUAAACUUGUUUUUAACAGAAGCAACUUUGUGGUUAUCCAGCUUCCUGAGAAAUCCCCUCCAGUUAUAUUUGGUCUUUUAUCAUUUACAUCAGUGGUGUUUGAAGAAAGAAUUUUUUUUAUUUGCUUAUUGGCCUAAAAUGUCAAGAACUGUGAAAUGCUAUACAGACGGGCAAAUUAAAUAAAGUGUUGGUAUGGAGUCAUAACUGUGAGUAUCUGCUCCUCAGUUUCUUUCUGUCUCCUGGGGCCUGUACCACAAAGCGAGUUAAACAUACCCAGAAUCACAAAAACUUUUUUGUUAUCUGGCUUCACUAACCCUAACAAUUGUGAUUAGGAUAAGCGGUACCACGAAGCUGGUUAUCAACUCGGUAACUCAACCCCGGGGUUUCCCAAUCCAGCCUGGAGCGCGUUCAGAUCACCAAUUAUAGACAUGAACAAGUUCACUGGCUUCAGAGCAGCAUAUAGUCUCUGUGAUUUAAGAUAGCUACUAACUUAAAAUAAACAACCUAUGUUCAUAUUAAAAUUUAUUUCAAUAUCCCUACCAAACUGCUCAUGAUAUUCAGCCUCAUAAGAGAAAUGAAACCCAUUUAUUUUAACAGCUGAGAUGGGCUGUGUGAAACGGACUGGGAGCAAAUAAAAAAUUAACACAUUUCAAAGCAGUAAGGCUUUCGAUCAGUCUCUGUAGGAUGACAUCGCUAUAGCCUACAAGAGUUUCUCCGUAUCACCACAGCAAACAUAAAGCAGCCUUUAAAACAGUCUGUGGGAUUUUCUAUAGAUGGUGAUGUCAUUUUCCAAGAGAGCUGAUUGGUCAGUAGGCGGCGUGUUACACUACACCAGUAAGUGAACAACAGUCAUGGUAAUGAAAACCCAGGAUUAACCCCGAAGUAACCUCGAAAAGCUCAAAUACUGCUUCGUGGUACAGCGUCCAGCUUCUGCUCCCUAGGUGAUGUUUUUCUUUGUUUCCUGUUUUAUUUUGAUAAACUCCCUUCUGCUCAUUUUAGCCUUUCACCCCUCCAGCCUCCAGAUUUCUCUUUAGUCUGCAUCUAAGCCUGGACUCCAGAUGAUCAGCGUCCCAGCCUUUUCCCUAGUGUUUACUUGUCCCAGUGUUUUUGGAUCGUUGUUUAGCUUUUCUGGACCAAGACAGUUAAUUGGAUUUGUUGGACUGCCCUCCUCUGGUUUUAAUCUUUGCCUUCCUCCCCAUCCUAUAAGCCUUUAGUAACUUUGAUUUGUUCAUUAAAUCUUCGUACUGCACCA